AUGCCUACUAAGGGUACGAUCAAGGAAACGAGCGCUCUCCGUCAGAUUGCUGCAAUGGGAAGUGAAGGACAUGGUCGUCCAGGGGUGGGCGGGUCUAAUGGGGAGGAUAAGAUCAAUCUUAGUGGUAAACUGUUCUUACGUUCCAUCAGGGAUCAGGAGGAUAAACUUGCUCGGUACGCGAAUAAUCCCCGACUGGCUGGGUGGAGGAGUAAGGAAGAAAAAGCAAGAGACAAGAAGAAACAAACCAAGUUGCCGUCUACUGCGGCUGAUCUCAUACUCGAUAUCGCCCGAGGUGAUCCCGGUCUUCCCCCAAGAGAUAAGGUCUCACAAGUGUACCGCAUUCUUGCUCAAAUCAGAGGGAGAAUGGAUGUGAGAUAUCGAAAACUCAAGGUGCUAGAAGAUCAAGCUUUUUCUAUCCGAAGACGACUGAUGUAUAUGGAGAAGUCAUUGCAGGACAGAAUUGACCAACUUUAUUUGUAUCUGAUUGUAGCUAUUGUCAAGUCUACGAAAAGAGGCAUUGAUAAAGUCGGAUAG